UCAGGCGCUCUCUGUAGGUCCGAGUCUCCACACAGGGGGUCCCGAGUGCCGCCGCACACGUCGUGCCCGUCCCUUGUCGGGACUCCAGUCUUUGCAGGUUUUUAAGCAACAGGUCCUGAAGAGGACCAGAGAAUAAUCAAAGUGAUGUCUUCCCCCAGACUCAUUCCCCUGUGGAAGGAUUUUAACUACCUCGUAAAUGACAUCAUAAAUAAGAGCAAGUAUCCUUUAGAUGACUCAAAGAAUGAAGUAGUUGUGCUGAGUGACCGUUCCCAGAUAUUGUUCAAGGAGUCUCGUCAUCCUCAAAAUAUGCCACUUAUAUGCCAUUACUUCAGUGAUGCCAACUUCUUUGCCUCCCUCUCUUGGGUGUCAUCAAGCACGAAAGAAAUACAGGCUGUAGUAUGGAUGAAGAGCAAAGAUGAGGACAUGGUUGAGAAGAGAAUAUUCUCCAUGACUGAACGAUUACCACCCAUCCAGUCCAUGGUCCACACAGGUUCCUUUCACCUCCUCGUGGCCUACUGUGGUGACCUGUCACUGCGGCUCUUUGGGGACCAUUUUCGGGCAUUCAAACCCCUGGGGAUAGUGCCCUGCCGCUUCAACAUCAGCUGCCUCUGCUAUGACCCAGAAAUGAAGAUGCUGUUGUCAGGCAUUCUGGGAGCAGUGGUCACCUGGGUUAUCGAGCGAAGUGGCAAGGGCCUCCAAAUAGCCCACGUGGUUUCCAUGCCUGGUGAUGAGCUUGUUCAGGACAUCGUGCUGAAUGGCCCCAAUGGGUCCCUGCUGGCCCUGUGUGAGACUGUGGUGAGGGUCCUUGAGCGUCAAGGCCCGGGCCGUCUGGGAGAGACAAAGAAGUUCACUUCCACCAGCAGUGGCUCCUCCAUCACUUGCUGCUUCACCUGUUUUGAUCAAGGCUUUCUCUAUGCUGGAAACAAGGCUGGGGAAAUCCAAGCAUGGAACCUCAGCCGGGCCCACUUCCUCCACAGUUUCAAGGCCCAUUCCUCAUCAGUGAUAUGUAUCCGGAGCAGGGCAGAGGCCCACACCUUGCUAACAGCUGGCAGGGAAGGCUUAAUCAAGGAGUGGAACCUUACUUCAGGGAACCUGCUGCGGCGGCUAGAACUUGGUCAGGACUUGCAGCGGCUCCAGUUUAUUGAUAGCAUUACUUUCUUCUGCCAGACCACCCAUAGUUUUUCCUUGCGCCGUCUGCCCUGCUUCUACAGCCUCUUCAAUGUCUGUGGUUCUGCUCCCCUUCAGGUGCGUAGGGUCCACUGUGGAAAUAACUGGUACCGGAUCCUGUGCAUUACUGAGGAUGGCUUGUUGCGCUUUUUGUCCCCACAAACAGGGGAUCUCCUGAUUCUCACCUGGCCCUUCUCAAUGCUGGACCGGGCUGUGGAUUGGGCUUACGACCCAGAUAGACAGGAGCUCUUUGUGGCAACAGGCAGCUCAGAGGUGCUGGUAUUUGAUGCAACCCGCUGCCCUUGCCCAGCCAAGUAUCUUUUAUGCACUUCACCAGAUUCUCAGGACUUGGUACAAUGCCUGGCUUAUGGGCAUUUCCAACUGGGUCGGGGUCUAGAAGGACUGAUGUUCUCUGGGCACCGGAGUGGUGUGAUAAGAGUACUUUCCCAGCAUGGCUGUUCCCGAAUAGAGAAAUUCAUGCACUUUGGGGCUGUAUUGGCCCUCUCUACACUGUCAGGAGGGUUUUAUGGUAGCCGAGAAAACUCUUUGCUCUGUUCCUAUGGAAUGGAUGACUAUGUACACCUGUCAGAGGCUGUGCUUGAUGGGACUAGAGUAUGUCUGCAACCUCUCGCCUGCAUUCUUAGCAGCUGUCACCUAAAACACCUGAUACUCUUGCCCAAGUCUGUGGGUGCCAUCACGGAGACUAACUGCCUGCGGCUCUGGAAGUUCCAUGACAUUCUGUCCUCUGAAUCAAAGAAAGGCUCUAAGUUCAUACAGACAUUGCCUCUGCACCAGUGUGCCAUCACAUCCUUUGAUGUCUGCCUAUCCCUGAGUCUUUUCGUUACAGGUGGUGUUGAUGGUUCUGUCCGGAUCUGGGACUUCCAUGGUAGACUCAUAGCCAUGCUGGACUCAUCGUUGCACUUUGGCCCACUCUGCUUUGCAAAUGACCGGGGUGACCUGCUUGUGACUUUCAACCAGAGUCUUUAUCUGGUGUCCUGUUUAAAACUCCUUCCUUCAAGCAUGUUGGUUCAUCUUUCCUUUAUGAGCAUAACAGAUGAAGUGGUAGAAGUCCCUAAGCCUUUCACACCAAGUUUCUUCUUCUCCUUUGAGACCAUGUUUGUGCCCAAGUACGUCUACAUUGGACAAGGGCAACAGGAACUAGUGGGUCUGCAGAACCUUGACAAUAAGCGGGCCAUUGCCUUUGACCAUACUGUGCCACAUGUCAUAGAAGAUGAAGAGGAAGGGGGCCCCGUAUUUCUGUCUGCCCCUAAACAUCAUUCUUUGCAGGGGGAGGAAACUGACUUGAUGCAGGUGAGCAACCAACAGCACCAUCCCCAUUAUGUGGUUCCUCCCCAGCUACAGCUGACUGGCUGGGAUGGACUCCACCCCUAUCAGAUAUUGCGAUACUACCUUGGUCAUGGGCGAAAAUGGCUCUUUGCCCCUGAUGGCUACAUCCCCAAUUCAGUGAUUCGUGCCCGUCUUUGGCCAGAGGGCAGCCCAAUAUACCUACAGUGCAAUCUGCACUCACCCCAGCGAGAAUUGGAAUGGGACAAGACUCAGCAAUUCUUUUUCUGGCACAGUAGGUCAAGACCUAUAAGCCAUAUGGAAGAAUUUCCACAAGAGAAGGAGGAUGAAGACUUCAUAGGAAUGAGAAUGUCCAAGGACGUAACCUACAGUGUCUUUUCAAACAGGACAAACCGCAGUUGGCUGGGAAAAAAGAUGAGUGAAAUAAGUAUUAAUAGCCUGAUUGAGACAAUCCUCAAUAUUAUGAUCCAUGCUUCCCCAUUGAAGUUCCAAUACUGUAUUGGUGCACUAGGGCAAAUCUUUGCCUCUUAUCAAGUGUCUCCAGCCCUGCGCUCUGAGGCAGCCCAUCGCCUUCUGGAUGAUACAGCCAAUUCCAAUCCACAGAUCAGAGAACUAGCCUGGGAAGGUUUGAAGCGCCUAGGAAUGAUUACUCAUCUCUUUGCCGUGCCUCUAGCCCAGGGAUUGAUGGACAAGGACCAAAGGGUGAGGAAUAAGGCCCUAAGCCUCAUGGCUGAUACUGGAAUCCACUCUAAGACUUCACUCUUAGGCUUGAUCCAGAAUCGAGAAACUUUCCAGGAGAUACAGCAGGAAUUGAUCGGAGAGGAAACCCUGGACCAUCUGCUGGGGAUGCGGGCAACAGAUCUCCAAAUCCUUCAUACUCAAGUGCAUCAGCGACUGAACGAAAACUUGACCUUGUCACAUGGAGAUGAAAAGCCUUCUUUUUCUCUGCAUGUCUCAAGGACUUCUGAACUGAAGUCCCAUGAAGGGCAAUUUUUCACAGUUCCUGAAGAACCUGAAGUGGCCACCAAACCCAGCAAAGGCCAAAGACGGGGCCGAGCAGGGGGCAAAAAGCAUACCCGAAAAUUGUUGCGAAGUCUCAAGAAGAUAAAAGAGGGAGCCUCAAAACUGAUUAAAAUAGAGUCAGGUCCGUUAGAAGGUGAAAGUGAUCAGAGUGAAACAGCACCAAUUGAGGUGGAAGAAACAGCCAUCCACUCCAUAGAGUCUUCACCCCCAAGCAUGAUAAAGGCUUCAAAAGAGGCUGAACAACCUGUAGAGAAAGAUUCUUCAAAGGAUCAUAUUGUAUUGACCCUGAAGAUGCUGAGGAAAAUACGUGACAAAAACGGCAAGAAAAUUACAGCUCAGAAACCCAUUAAGAGGCACAAGAAGAAGAGAAAAGAAGCUGAAAUUGAGGUACUUAAGCCUCUUGUGGAGGAAAAACCAAUUAUGAAGAAAGUUAAGACCAGUGGGCGGGGUGCCUCUGGAGUGCCUGGCUACAAGGCUACCAUUGGAGAUGACACAUCAUGGCGAGAUGAUUUAUGUCGUCUCAUGACCCUGAGGAUCUCUGGUUCCCAAACAAAAAUGUCAGAAGCUCUAAGCACUGAGAUAGUAACCAUGGCUCAGGAGAUACUGGCAGAUCGACACCCCAGCUGGGAGCUCUUCCAGGAGAUCUGCCCUCUGUUGAGGAAGAAAAGCCAGGUUCUGCUUGAGGACCUUGAAUGGGAUAUAGCCUGGCCAGAGGAGAAACCAAUUUUUAUCCAUGAAGAAGCAAUUAGAGAGGACGUGAUAAUCAGAGACAUGCAAGAAGAGAUAUCAGAGAGUCAAGAGCAAGUGCUUGAGGAAGUCAGGGAUAUGCAAAAGUUGGAGGAAACUCAGAUGAUUACAAAAAAAGGCAAGAAAAAGAAAGUUAUUUUUUUGGAACCAGGUGACCUAAUGAAAGGAAAACGAAUAUCAAGGAAAGAGGAGAAGAAAUUCCCUAAGAAGUCAUCUAAGCAAGAGAAGAGAGCAGCCCAGCAGGAAGUAAAAGUAGAUAAAAAACAGAGAGAAAUGACCCAAAAAGAGAGGGACAUGAGUGAGGAAGUGAGAGAAAUGGUAGAAAUAGAGGAGGAAGUCAUUGGCCAAGAAGAAAGACCAGUUAUAGUUGACAGGAAGCUGACCUGGCAGAAGUGGAAGAAAUCCUGGGAUCAGUGGGAACAGACCCAAAAUGAGACAAAGAUAUCCUGGGAUGAAUGGAAGCAAGCCUGGGACAGGUGGUGUCAUCAACAUGGGGUUGAAGAGGAUCUCUUUCCAGAUGAAGAGAAGCUGGAUGCGGACAAGAGGAAGCUGAGAUGGGAUGAGUGGGGACAGAUCUUGGAAAAGAGUUUGUUUGCCAGGGCCCAGGAACAACUUUCCGAGGAUGAGGAAGAAUUGGCCCUGGAAGACGAAUUACCUCAGGAAUGGGAAGAAGAAGAGCCAGUCACAGAAGAGCAGAGACAUAUCCAAGAAGAACAGAAACAGGCCUGGGUAAAGAAGAAACGAGCCCAAGAUGAAAGAAAACGAGCCAAAGAAGAGAAGAAACUGGCACAAGAAGAAGAGAAACUAGCACAAGAAGAGAGAAAACUGGCCCAAGAAGAAAAAAAGUUGGCCCGAGAAUAUGGGAAAAUGGCCAAAGGACAGGGGGAAAUGGCUCAGGCAGAGAGGAAACUUGCCCAGAAAGAGGAAAAACUGGCCCAAAGAGAGGAGAACUUAAGCCAGGAAGCAGAGCAGUUGGCCCAGAAAAGAAUGAAACUGGCCAAUAAAUGGGAGAAACUGGCCAGAGAAGAAGAGAAACUAGCAAAGAAAGGGGGAAAACUGGCUGAGGUAAAAAUGAGACUGGUUCAGGAAGUGGAAAAAUUGGCCCAAAAGGAGGAAAAUCUGGCAGAGAAAGAAAAUGAGCUGGCCCAGGAAUUGGAGGAACUAGCUCAGGAAGAGGAUGAACUGACCUGGAAAGAAGAACUGAAUCAGGAAGAUAAGAAACUGGCUGAGGAAAAGGAGGAACUGACUCAGGAAGAGAAGAGACUGAUCUGGCAAGAGGAAGAACUGGAUGAGGAAGAGAAAAAACUGGCUGAAGAAGAAGAGCUGCUGAUCCAGGAAGAGAAGAAACUGGCCCAGGACAAGGUAAAGACACCCGAGGAACAGAAAAGACUGUCUCAGAAAAGGAAGCAGCUGACCGAGAACAAGGAGAAACUGUUUCAGGAAAGGGAAAAAAUGUUCCAGGACCAGGAGAAACUCAUGAAGAACAAGAAGAUACUAUCUCAGAAGGAGGCAAUUCUGGUUCAGGAAAAGGAGAAUUUGGCUCAGAGGAAGAAAAGUUUGGCUCGCAGGAAAGAGACCUUCCUCCAGAACAAAGAAAAAAUCACCCAGAACAAAGAUAAAUUAGUCCACUUAAAGAAGAGCCUGGACAAGUACAAGGAGAAACUGAUUCUGAUAGAGGAGAGACUGAUACAGGAAAAGGAGAUACUUACACAGAAGAAGGAGAAAGUAACUUACGUAGAGAAGAAAGUGGCCCAAGCAGAGGAAAUUCUCUCUGAGAAACAGGAGAAACUGACCCAGGAAAAAAUGAAACUAACUAUGGAGAAGAGGACAGUGUUUCAAGAAAAGAAACUACUCAAAGAUGAGUGGGAUAUUGCUAAGGAAGAAAUAACAUUGAGCAUGGAAAUGAUGAAACUGGCCAAAGAGAAGAAGAGACUGGCUGAGGAAAAGGAAAUUCUCUUCAAGGGAGAAACUCAAGAAACCUCCAAACAGAGAAGCCUGACUGAGGAGGAACUAGAAAUACUUAGGAAGAAGUUGUUCCUGGAGGAGAAGAUACUGACGUAUGAAGAUAGGAUAUUGGCCACAGAGGACAGGGACGUUGCCAAAAGAAAUUUGGAAUUUGCUAGAGGGGAGAGAAUAUACGCCCAAGAAGAAAGGAAGUUAGCCAAAACAAUAAGGAAAUUGGCUAAGCAAAAGAGGCGCACUUCCGGGGAACCAUCAGAACAGAGCAAAAUCUUAAACGUACUUCAAAAACUAAUCAAAGAAGAAAGAGAACUAACCCAGGAAGAAAUAGCGAUGACAAAGAUAAAGAGGUCACUCUUCGUUAAGGAGAGGAACUUAAGCAAAGAACAGAGUAAACUUGAUAGUAAAGAAUGGGAUUUUUCUGAGGAACAAUUAGAAAUGACCAAAGAAGAGAAAAAACUGGCUCAGAAGCAGAGAAAACUGGCCAAGGAACUGAGACGUUUGACAAAGAAAGAGAAAAAAGCAACUGAGAAAGAAAGCCAGUUGGCCAGGGAAGAGAGAGAAGUCAUACAGGAAGAGGAGGGAGCAGUAGAGGAAGAAAAAGUAAUCCCAUUCCCUAAAACAAGGUGGAGAAAGAGAAAACAGCAAAAGAAAGUUAAGGAUAUACCAAAGGAAGAGUUUCCCAUUCAAGUGGAUGAGGUGGAAAGUGAAGAAAGAUUUUUUAAAGAAAUGGAAAGCCUGUUAGAUGAAGUAGAGCAUGAGAGCUUGUCUGAGGAGGAGGAAGAGAAAAGCAAAAGUGAUGAAGAGAAAGAGGAGGAGGAGGAGGAGGAAGAGGAGAAGGAGGAGGAGGGAGAAGUAGAGGAAAGCGUGAGUGAGGAGGAGGUGGAAAGUUUGAGUGAGGAAGUGGAAAGUUUGAGUGAGGAGGAAGAGGAGAGAAGCUCAUUUGAAGAAGAGGUGGUUAGGGAAAAAGAGAUCUUAAAAAAAGAAAAGAAACUAUUUAAGUUGAAAGAAGAAAGAAGAGAAGGCCUAAGAGGAAAGGAAGCAGUUCCUUCUGUUGGAAAAGGAGUCCCUCAGGUCAAAGGCAGUGCUAUCAAACUGGGAGUCCUAAAAAAAAUCCCCUCCAAGAGACUAAUCUCAAUAGCUCUGGGGAGGGAAGAGAAGGUACCAGUACCACUGUCAAAACAAAUAUCCUGGGAAGUUGAAAAGCCCACAGUACUUGAAACACCCAGUAGAGUCUCAGAGACACAGUGUAUGGAUAAACAAAAAGAAUUGGAGCGAUCGAAGCCCAUACCUCUACAAGUUUUGGGUACAGUUUUGGAGUCCAAAGAGCAGGACUUAAAGACCACAGCCAUGUCCCACAUAUUUGGGGAAACCACGGAAGCUCAGAAACUCCAAUACGAUCCACGAGGUGCCAGGUGGAAGUGGUUUUUGCAACGUCAUAGAUCUCUAGUGGGGCAGACUGAUAUACGCUUACCUGUCCCCCAAAUCCUAGGUAAAGAACAAUAUCCAGAGGUAAGUCUCUCAGAUGUAGAGUGGAUCCAUCAUGUUCUAGAACGGAUGGAAGCAGGAGAGCAGCUUUCCAGGGAGAGUUUCCACAGACUGUGCCAGCUCCUCAAAGACCUCACCUCAAAGGGAAACUUAGAGUGGAUGCAUCUGGCCAAACUUCAAACCAUCGUGUACCGUCACAAGCAGGCCCUGCAAUCAAGAGGCACAGGUAUCCCAAAACCCAGUAGGGAUAUCAUGAGUCCAAAACACCUGAAAGUGAUCCCUCCUAUAAAAAGAAAGGAAGCAAAGGGCUGGCUAAAACCUUUGGCUGUUCCCAGACCAAAGUCUCCAUUAGCUACCAAGAGGAUUCCAGAUCCAAAGACUACAGACUGGCAUCUUUUAGGAGAGCCUUGUAGAAGUGGGCAGGCACAGCAGAUAUCCAGUGCUCUCAGGGAGAUGGAGGUGCAACAUAUUUAUCCUGCCACAAGAGACAUUUUCACAGGUGCCCAAGCCUAUGUGGACAAACAAACCCAACCACUGAUAUUUCAAAAGGAUUUCUGGACUUUAAAGGGCAAGAGCAGGUUUCCCAAAUUGCCCAAGUUGGAGAAGAAGGCACAGCCCAUCACUAAAAAAAGGGAAGAGGUGCCUAGAUGGGAGACAUUUGUGGCCCUGUACCAUGUCUUGAGGAUGUUGCAGCAGCAAUAUGCAAAAGACAGCAUUGCUUGGAUGGAACAUUUCUACCAACUCAUGGACCUGUACCAACUUAAGUCCCCCCGAAUCCAGAGGCUACUACAGGAGCUACUACUAAGAGAGGAGCCCCAUCCCCAAGCAGUCAUCUACAAAGAGGCCCUAAAGGCAGUGGAGCUAGUUCCUGGGGAGCGGUUGCUCUACUGCCUGUUUUGUGGUGGUUCUCACACUCCUGGAGGUCCUCUUAAGUUCCAGGCGGUAGUGUCACUCCCGGGGCGGAGCAAUGUACGCACCAUCCUUCCCAUGGGCAUUGCCCAGUAUGGGCUUUUAGAACUUGCCUGGAAGAGCCUACCCCAAGCUGAUAGUCACCUCACCAAGGAAUUGCCUCACGUUGUCACUCCCACCCUCUAA